CGCCAUGGCGUCAGAUAGAGAUAUUCUCCCAAGCUGGUCAGUUAGAGCGUCCCGUCACACAGCAGCACCAGCAGCAUCUUGGGCAAAGAUAUAGGCCCCGUCAUGACUCACAGCUGCCAUUGAUCUUCCCAUAGUAGAUGGCGUGCGCCAUUGAUGCAUGCGCUAAUAGGGAUGAACAGGAUCAAGCCUUGGCAUUACAACAUCUCCCUCCACGACCUCGAAUUCGGCGGAAACUUCACUUAUCAGGGAACUGUGACCAUCCAUACCGAUAUCGAGAAGGACGAUGGAUUCAAUGACGUUAUCCUCAAUUCUCAUCAGCUCAAGGUCCAUAGCGCGGAGCUCAAGACGGAGAGGGCUGUGAACGAGGCCAAGGACAUUACGUACGACGAGAAGCGCCAGCGUGUGACGUUUGACUUUGGGGAGAAGAUUGAAUACUCUGGCGAGGCUGUCCUUACACUGAAGUUCCAGGGUACCAUCAACAACAUCAUGGCUGGCUUCUACCGCUCCAAGUACAAGCCGAAGGGCGAAGUCCCUGCUUCCGUGGCCAAGGACGAUGAGUUCCACUACAUGUUCAGCACUCAGUUCGAAUCCUGCGAUGCCCGCCGAGCCUUCCCCUGCUUCGACGAACCGAACCUGAAGGCGACCUUCGACGUAGAAAUCGAAAUCCCAAAAGACCAGGUAGCACUCAGCAACGUGCCAGAGAAGGAGACAAAGCCGAGCAAGAAGGAGGGAUUCCAUACCGUGGUCUUCAAGCGUUCCCCGGUCAUGUCGACAUACCUUCUCGCGUGGGCUAUUGGAGACUUCGAAUAUGUUGAGGCGUUCACGAAGCGCAAGUAUAACGGCAAGAGCUUGCCCGUGAGGGUAUACACUACUCGCGGACUGAAGGAUCAGGGUCGGUUCGCCUUGGAGAAUUGUCAUCAGAUCGUCGACUAUUUCUCGGAGGUGUUCCAGAUCGACUACCCGCUUCCCAAGGUCGACCUGUUGGCUGUUCACGAGUUUUCACACGGCGCCAUGGAGAACUGGGGUCUCAUCACAUAUCGGACCACCGCCGUGCUCUUCGACGAGAAGACGUCCGCAGACAGCUAUCGGAAUCGUGUAGCUUACGUCGUGGCCCACGAACUCGCUCAUCAGUGGUUCGGUAACCUGGUCACUAUGGAUUGGUGGAGCGAGCUCUGGCUCAACGAAGGCUUCGCCACUUGGGUUGGCUGGUUCGCCAUCGACCAUCUAUACCCUGAUUGGAACGUUUGGGGACAGUUUGUUACUGAAUCUGUCCAAACAGCCUUCCAACUGGACGCUCUACGAUUCUCUCACCCCAUCGAGGUUCCCGUCUAUGAUGGCCUCGAAGUUGACCAGAUCUUCGAUCAUAUCAGCUAUCUCAAGGGAAGCUCGGUGAUUCGCAUGUUGAGUUCCCACAUCGGCGAGAAGACCUUUCUGCAGGGUGUGGCGGACUAUCUCAAGGCUCACCAGUACACGAACGCUACCACCAACGAUCUCUGGUCGGCACUCAGCAAGGCAUCAGGCCAGGAUGUUAACAGCUUCAUGGAUAACUGGAUUCGCAAGAUUGGAUUCCCAGUAGUCACUGUUGCUGAAGAGCCUGGUCAAAUCGGUCUUCGUCAACAACGCUUCCUGCUUGCGGGUGAUGCCAAGCCCGAGGAGGAUGAGACUGUCUGGUGGAUUCCACUCGGACUGCACUCUGGGUCUUCCGCUAAUGCCGCAUCACUUCACAAAGUCAAUGCGUUGACGCAGAAGGAGGAUACGGUUCGGGAAGUGGACGACACAUUCUAUCAGCUGAACAAGAACCUCACGGGCUUCUAUAGGACAAAUUACCCACCAGAGCGCCUAAGGAAACUCGGAGAAGCCCGAGAGCACUUGACCGUUCAGGACAAGAUUGGGCUUGUUGGGGACGCCUACGCGAACGCCAUCGCUGGCUACGGUUCGACACCUGGUCUCUUGGCACUUGUAGAACGUUUCCAGGACGAGACAAACUACUUAGUCUGGUCACAGAUCGUCACGAACCUGGGCAAUGUUCGCAAUGUAUUCUCCGGCACCGAGGAUAUCAGCGAUGCUUUGAAGAAGUACGAGUUGAAGCUGGUCACUCCAGCAGCAGAGAAGGUCGGUUGGGAGUUCAAGCAAGGCGAAGGCUUCCUGAUCGGCCAACUGCGCGCUCUACUAAUAAAUAUUGCUGGCGUCCUCGGCCACAAGGGAAUCGUCGAAGAAGCCUUGCGACGCUUCGACCUCUACGUGUCUGGCGAGGAUAAGUCCGCGAUCAACCCGUCCCUCCGUUUGGCAGUCUUCUCGAUCGCCGUCAAAGAGCGUGGCGAGUCUGCGUUCAAGGCCAUCCAGAAUGAGUAUUCGACCACUACAUCCAUCGACGGCAAGGAGAUCUGUCUUCGUUCUCUCGGCCGUGUGCAGACCCCCGAGCUCGCACAAGAAUUCCUCUCCUUCAUCUUCUCGGACAAGGUCGCCAUGCAAGACAAGCACUCUGGCACCAUUGCGCUCUCCAGCAACGCCAAGGUGCGCAUCGAAGUGUGGAAGUUCGUCCGUGAUAACUGGGAUAGCCAUGUCCACCCUACGCUCUCAGGUAACAUGGUGGUGCUGGAGCGCUUCCUCCGCUUUGGACUGAACAAGUUUGCGGAUGAUAAGAUCGCGGAUGAGAUUGCGGCCUUCUUCAAGGACAAGGAUACCAGGGGCUAUAACAAGGGUCUGGAUGUUAUCGACGAUACCAUCCGUAGUCAUGCGAAGUAUAGGAGCAGGGAUGAGAGUGUGGUGCGGGAGUGGUUGAAGGCAAAUGGGUAUAUUCAGUGACUUCGGGCUGGACUGUAGUCGGUGAGGAGCCGACAAGAGCCGGCUAAGGCUGAGGGACCAUUGAGACGAGAUCUUCCCUCCAACGAUAUAGCACUAAAAGUCAAAUAUCAAGAUAUGUGUAGCAUAUGGGCGAUGUGAAAAUACCCUUUCAGAGACAGAUU